CCCGCGCCUGGCUGCCUCUUCGUCUCUCCUGCCAAGAACGCGUUGGCGCAGCAGCCCAGGAAGCAACACCCAGCCGCCUAAUCCCGCAACAACUCGUCCUCCUCUACUCCUGAGGCUCUUCUACAUCUUCCUACCAGUUUUCGAGAGGUUUGCUGGAGUGGACCGGCGGUGGAGCAGCAAAUCUGAUACAGUAUGGAUCAGGACGCGAAGGACUCGAGGCCCUCAAGGUCUCCCAGCGAGCCAAACCUCUUCCUGCAAUGGGGCAGCCGGAAGAGGCUGCGAUGUGUCAAGACGCGUGAUGAUGCCUCACCAUCACCAUCUCCAUCUGAAGGUCUGAGACGUGCCAUACCCCGUGCUACUCGACCCCUCCUUGGAGCUGACAUUGCUACAUUUCGGUCACCACGGCGCCCUAGCACCCUUAACCGCAGCAGGAAAUCAGAUUCACUAGUGAAUGAUUACAAGCACUCGAUUGCGCUAUCACCAGAGAAGGACAGGUAUUACACAACGAGGGGUUCACCAUUUCCCUUCGAUGGAAAUGGGUUCGACUUUGGUAGCAUAACAGAGGAGAAGGGAACCACUGCGUUGCCAAGAUUCUUCAUUGCAUUGUCAAACAAGGAGAAGGAGGAGGACUUCAUGGCAAUGAAGGGCUGCAAGCUGCCACAGCGGCCAAAGAAGAGGCCCAAGUUGAUGCAGAAGUGCUUGCUUAUGGUGAGCCCAGGAGCUUGGUUAUCAGAUUUGUCGCAUGAGAGAUAUGAAGUUAGAGAGAAGAAGAGUUCUAAAAAGAGAGCUAGAGGCUUGAAGGCUUUGAGCAUGGAGAGUGAUUCAGAAUAGAGGUCGAGGCAAAUGAAUUUUUUGGACUUGACUUUAGCUGGUGGCAAAAAUCUAUAGUUAGGUGGCACUGCCUACUGCUUGUCAGACAAACCUCAGCAUCUAAUUUGGUGUUAUGAGUGCUCUGAUCAAGAUCAACUGAUGUCAACAGCAAAGAGCAUGUUAGAUUCCUGAUCUAGUGAGGUGCAGCUCCAUCUUUCUGGGUAGUGGGCGCCUUUGUGAGAAACAAUGAAAGUUGGAUACAAUAGAUGGUUUCUCAAAACCACAGGAAGGAAUUUCAACCGUUGUGAAACAUUGAAAGUUGGAUGUUGGCUGAGAACAAAUGAAUUAUGAUGUUUAAUUGUCGUAAACUUGUAGCUGUAAGACUUAUGGUAAUCAUUCAAUCAAAACUGACCAAAAUUUUCAAAUGU